AUCACCUCGAUUUCCAUCCUGUCGGAUCACUUCUUGCCACCUCUUCACAUUGGAAGGGCUGCCCAUCUCAUCGCGAUAACACAUAUUGUAUGCUGUCAAUUGUUAUUUGAGAUUGCGACGGACACGAGCAUUGCGAUUACUAGUUGCGCUGGUCCCGAGUCAGAUCAUGGCGCCAUACCCGUUCGCAUCGGGGGGACGCUACGCCUCACCUGCUUGCUAUCCAAUGAACAGGGGCUUUUGGUCAGUCAUCUGGCCCCCGGGUCUAAAUGGGACAGUCUUCUAGAACAAAAUGAGCCUGACGACAGGAAUGCGGCAAUUAUUUGCCAGAUAGUGGCGGCGCCAUGCAACCUUUUACUCGGUCGUUCGUCUGUUGGCGUACGAAGAUCGCGUGCCUAG